AUAAUUCCAAGUUGCCACGCACUUGUUCAUUUUUCUUCUGUGUCACCUUUGUCCCAUUUUUCUCUCAUUUUCCACUUUGCAAACUUCCCUUUGAAUAUCCUAAAAGAAGAAGAAAUGGCAGAUCAGCUCACAGAUGAUCAGAUCUCUGAAUUCAAAGAAGCUUUCAGCCUUUUUGAUAAGGAUGGAGAUGGUUGCAUCACCACUAAGGAGCUUGGGACAGUGAUGCGGUCGUUGGGACAAAAUCCAACUGAGGCUGAGCUUCAAGACAUGAUCAACGAAGUAGAUGCUGAUGGAAAUGGAACCAUCGACUUCCCCGAGUUCCUUAACUUGAUGGCUCGCAAGAUGAAAGACACUGAUUCUGAGGAGGAGCUCAAGGAAGCUUUCAGAGUGUUCGACAAGGAUCAGAAUGGAUUUAUUUCUGCAGCCGAGCUGCGCCAUGUCAUGACAAACCUAGGCGAGAAGCUUACCGAUGAAGAGGUUGAUGAGAUGAUUCGUGAAGCUGACGUGGAUGGUGAUGGACAGAUCAAUUAUGAGGAGUUCGUCAAAGUCAUGAUGGCCAAGUGAGAACAUCAACUCAACUUAAUUCUUAGAACUGAAAAAUUACAAAAAAAAGAAGCUGGAAACGGGGCAGAUAAAUUGGAUGAGAUUUCUAUAUUUGGAUAGGAUACGUUCUUUUACGUUAUUAGCUUUGUUUGGGUGCUUUCCUCUUUUCUUACUCGCAUUGUUUUGUAGUGCUACUCUUCAGUAUAUGCUUGUCUGCUCUGUUUUGUCAGUAAGUACUGGUUUUUUCUUCUUAAAUUUCAACAUUUUGAACCUAUGAUAAUUGGAGAUUUUAUGUGUUCCAUUCUAAGUGACCAAUUUUGUUUAUAUUCCA